AUGCUUUCAAACGAUAAUAUUAUUUUUAAAAUAUAUUUCAAUAUGAUUAUCAUUGAAGGAAUUGGUUGUGAAUGAGAUCGAGCAAAGGAAUUGGAAGGGAAUACUCAUCUCGCUAUUGGUAAUCGUUAGCAUUUGUUCGCUAAUACUUUUAUCAAUAUUCAUAUUAAGUCCGCAUUUUGGGAUCAAUGAGACGGAAAGACUAAAAUUGGAUGAUUUUCUGGCCAAAGGCUAUAAGAAGAAAGGCUAUAACGGGACGUGGAUUUCAGAGCGAGAGAUAUUAUUUAUCGAUAACAACGACUCAUUCAUUAUCUAUAAUAUCGACACCAAAUAUAAGAGCGUAUUAGUCGAUGGCAUUAAUUUGCGAACGAAUAACAUUAGUAUCAAAAAGUUUAGCGUUUCGGCGGACAGAAGGUAUCUCUUAUUGUCCAAUGAUGUGAUCCAAACGGGAAGUCAUUCAUUCAUUGCUAAAUACACUAUAUAUGACACCAACACUAACAUAUGGGUGCCUCUCGUUAUGCCCGACCAAACCGAUUAUCUACAACACGCCGGUUGGGCUCCCAAUGCCAAUCAACUCAUCGUAAUCCAUAAGAAUAACAUUUACUUCUACUUCCGAGUUGGAGACCAACCAAUACAACUCACCACAAAUGGUAGGGAAGGCUUUAUAUACAAUGGCAUUCCCGAUCUCAUGUAUGAGGGUAUGUAUACUUUCAACACAUUUUACAAUAUAAUUGCUUAAAAUAUUUAACCUCUCUCUCUCUCUCUCUCUCUCUCUCUCUCCCCUCUCUCCUCAGAACACAUACUUGAGAGUCAUUUGGCCUAUUGGUGGAUAAAUGACGGCUCCCGUCUCUGUUACGCCUCAUUUGACAAUACAUUAGUAGAUCAGAUGCCAUACAUUAUAUACGGCGCGACCAACUCUACGGGUCAGUCCAAACCGCUGGGAGUGGGCGCUGACAACGACUACCCAAAAGUCUAUACCUAUCCGUAUUCAAAACCCGGUCGCGAGAUAUCAAAAGUGACGCUAACUAUCAUCGAUAUAAGUGCUCCCAAUUAUGUGAGUCAUACGCGACCGCAGAUCAUACCGCCCGACGAAAUACGCGGUUGGGAUCACUACAUAACCGCACCACUCGUUUGGAUCAGUAGAUCCAGUGUCGCCGUGAUUUGGUCGCGAAGAUCGCAGAACCACACCGUCAUCAGUGUCUGCAAAGAGGAGAACAAUUGGAUGUGCAAUAAGUUAGUGGACGAACAGUUGAGUAGUACCAGCGGUUGGCUUAUGGUUAAUGAGGGACCCAUUCUGUCCGACGACAAGAAACACAUGUUUAUGCGCCUACCGGUGGCCGACGGCAUAUUCGGCACUUACGAUCACAUCGCUAUGAUAUACACAGAAAGUGGCAAAAAAUAUUUCCUAACUCAUGGCCAAUGGGUUGUCACCAAACUAUUUGCUUAUCGAUCAGAUUUACACACUUUAUACUUUGCGGCGACGGUGUAUAAUGAGCCGGGAAUUAGUCCAAACGGUCGCUAUUAUAUAUCCGAGUGUCUGGGACCGGAUAUUCCGACCACAUAUCUGCUAACAGUUGAUGACAACAAAUUCAUCGAAACGCUUGAUAUAAACGAAGAAUUGAGGAAAACAUUUGCGAAGACAUCGUUGCCUAAAAUCAAAUACUUGACAAUCCGUAGCGAUAAGGGAUCCGAUAUAAGGAUUGAACUCAUUUUACCACAACUUCUCAUCGAAGACGAAGACACCAAAUAUCCAGCUGUUAUUGAACUCAAUAACCGUCCGGACGUCCAAUCGGUAAAUUAUGAGCACCGACUCGAUUGGUCGAGAUAUUUGACGAGCAAAAAGGAUUACAUAACCAUUCAUAUCGACGUGAAGGGCACUGGAUAUCAGGGGAAUCGGCAUAUGUUUGAAGUGAUCGGCGAAUUGGGCAAAGAGGAGGUCCAAGACUUGAAAUACGCGAUCACUUAUUUGAAAAAAUCGCUGCCGUAUAUCGAUAAGGACAAGAUCGUGGUCUGGGGCCGCGAUUACGGCGGCUUUUUAACAGUAUCUCUAUUGGCCACCGAAGAGAUCGUCACGUGUGCCAUCGCUGUCACCCCAAUCGCCAAUUGGAAAAAUUAC